AUGAGGAUAGCUUUAAAGAGGGAAUUGGGUAAGGAUGCCCUAAUAUGUGAGGAGUUUGUGGAGCUUAUAGAGGUUGCUGGUUUGAUGAAGACUGUCACAAAAUUUGGUCCUUGCUAUGAAAGUCUAGUCAAGGAGUUUGUGGUGGCCAUUCUUGAUGGGUGUGAUGAUGUGAAGAGUGAGAACUAUAUGAAGACUGAAGAACCUCAGGCUGAGCUAGAGGUUAUAGAUGACCAAGUGUGCAAGGAGAUAACUGCCAAACAGGUGAAACACUGGCCAAAUAGAGGAAAGUUGUUAGCUGGGAAGCUGAGUGUCAAGUAUGCAAUCCUUCAUAGGAUUGGGACUAUCAACUGGGUGCCUACAAAUAACACUUCAACCAUCUCUACUGGGCUUGGGAAGUUUAUAUAUGCUAUUGGAAAAAGAAGAGCUUUUGAUUUUGGGAAGUACAUUUUUGAACAAGUUCUGAAGCAGGCCUUCUCAACUGUUGUGAAGAUUCCUAUCUACUUCCCCUUACUCAUCUGUGGGAUAAUCCUAAACCAACAUCCUGGAAUCUUAUUUCCUAUAGAUAGUGUGAAGAAAAGGGAAUCUCAUUUAUCCCUCCAUUACAAACUGUUUGCUGGAACACAUGUUCCAGACAUUGUCAUGACAUCUUCUCAGGUACCUGGCCCUGCCACUUCCAAGAAGAGCAUUAUUGCACAGCUGAAGAAGACAUGUAAAGAGUUGGAUGAUUCAAUCUGGUCUAGCAUUGCUACAAAUAUAAAGCUUGAAAAAUUGAUUAAGGCUUUGAUGGAUGAAGAGGAAAAAGCUGAUGUAGAGGACAAUGCUGGUGGCAAUGAUGCUGAGAAUGAUGAAGAUAAAGAAGCUGAAGGAGAGGAGUAUGCUACUGUAGACUCAGAUAGUAAAAAAGAUAUCUGA